AUGUCAAAUUAUGUUUUGUCUCACGAGUAUGACUUUUUCCAAAAUCUCGAAAUGCACGUUCGGGCCAAUUUCCCCCCGUUGUGCGGAAGAGACCACUUGGCCUUCAGGUCAUACUACCAUCCCUGUAAGAAUGUCAUUGAUGGUGAUCUUUGCGAGCAGUUUGGACUGAUGGAUGCAUCGGCGCAACGUGAAGUAACUGAAGGAUUGGAUAGAACAACAAGCGAGGUUGGUUAA